CUUCUCCCGGCGUUCCCUCCGUUUUUCUUUCUCCGCCUCCUCCGCCGAAGCCGAGCGCCAAACUCAAACUUUAGUUGUACGGAGACACUUUUUAAGCUUAGGCUGCGGGGCGCACGGGUUGGACUUUUCCGCACCGCAGCCGGGACAGCGCUUGAACAUGAGCCAGGUUCUGUUCCAGCAGCUAGUCCCGUUGCAGGUGAAGUGCAAAGACUGCGAGGAGAGGAGAGUAAGUGUUAGAGUGAGCAUUGAACUACAAUCAGUUUCUAAUCCAGUUCACAGAAAGGAUUUAAUUAUUCGUCUGACUGAUGACUCUGAUCCAUUUUUUCUGUAUAACCUCGUCAUAUCUGAGGAAGAUUUUCAGAGCUUAAAGUUCCAGCAGGGUCUUCUGGUAGACUUCUUAGCUUUCCCACAAAAGUUUAUUGAUCUCCUUCAGCAGUGCACUCAGGAAUACACCAAAGAAAUUCCAAGGUUUUUGCUACAGUUAGUUUCUCCAACAACUAUUUUGGAUAGCUCACCUGCCUUUUUAAAUGUGGUAGAGACAAACCCUUUUAAACACCUUACGCACCUAUCGUUAAAACUUUUACCUGGAAAUGAUGUGGAAAUAAAGAAAUUUCUAGCAGGCUGUUUGAAAUGUAGCAAGGAAGAAAAAUUAUCAUUGACGCAGUCACUAGAUGAUGUUACUAGGCAACUGAAUUUUACCCAAAAGACAUUAUCAGAAAAAAUCCAAGAAUUAGAUAAAUUAAGGAAUGAAUGGGCAUCACACACAGCAGCAUUAUCAAAUAAACAUUCUCAGGAACUGACAAAUGAGAAGGAAAAAGCCUUGCAGGCACAGGUGCAAUACCAACAGCAGCAUGAACAACAGAAAAAAGAUUUAGAAGCCCUCCACCAACGAAACAUUCAGCAGCUACAAAAUAGACUGUCUGAGUUAGAAGCAACCAAUAAAGACCUAACUGAAAGGAAAUAUAAAGGAGACUCUACCAUCAGAGAGCUUAAAGCCAAAUUAUCUGGCAUUGAAGAGGAGGUCCAGAGGGCCAAGCAAGAAGUAUUGUCUUUGCGAAGAGAGAAUUCUACACUAGAUGUUGAAUGUCAUGAGAAAGAAAAGCUUAUUAAUCAGCUACAAACAAAAGUGGCUGUCUUAGAACAGGAAAUCAAGGAUAAGGACCAACUUGUUCUAAGAACAAAAGAAGCAUUUGAUACCAUCCAGGAACAAAAGAUUGCGUUAGAAGAAAAUGGUGAGAAAAAUCAGGUACAGCUAGGAAAACUUGAAGCCACUAUAAAAUCGUUAUCAGCAGAACUUCUUAAGGCAAAUGAAAUUAUCAAGAAGCUACAAGGGGAUCUGAAAACUUUAAUGGGUAAAUUGAAAUUGAAGAAUACAGUUACUAUUCAGCAAGAGAAGCUCUUGGCUGAGAAAGAAGAAAAAUUACAAAAGGAACAAAAAGAAUUACAAGAUGUUGGACAGUCUCUGCGAAUGAAAGAGCAAGAGGUGUGCAAAUUACAAGAACAAUUAGAAGCUACAGUUCAAAAACUUGAAGAAAGCAAACAGCUUCUAAAAAAUAAUGAAAAGUUAAUUACAUGGUUAAAUAAAGAACUAAAUGAAAAUCAAGUAGUGAGAAAGCAAGAUUUAUUGGGAUCUUCUGCCACUCCACCUGUACAUUCUAGUAGCAAUACAAUCAGAAGUGGAAUUUCUCCUAACCCUAAUGUGGUUGAUGGUAGACUGACAUACCCAGCCUGUGGGAUUGGUUAUCCUGUUUCUUCUGCGUAUGCAUUCCAAAAUACCUUCCCUCAUUUUAUACCUGCCAAAAAUACCAUCCAUCCAGUUUCAGGACCAAAGGUUCAGUUUAACUUGCAAUUUACAAAAGCAAAUACAUCCUCAGAUGUUCAGUCAGGAACAGCAAUCAGUAUGCCUUCCUCAACUGAUAAAGAAAAUGGUGAAAAUUUAGGACUGGAAUCCAAAUACCUGAAAAAAAGGGAAGAUAGCAUUCCUUUACGCGGACUCAGUCAAAAUCUAUUUAAUAAUCCAGAUCAUCACAAAGAUGGCCCUUUGGGGACAUCACAGACAUCAAAACCAGCAGGACUGUCUUCUGCAUCGUCAGCCUAUUUCCCUGGGCAGCUUCCCAACAGUUAAUCCUAAUGUCAUCUUUACUUUUUAUUGAAAUUUAGAAACCUGGGUCAUUAGAAAAUAGAUCAAAUUCUAAAUAGGCAAGUUUCAAAGUUUAUCUGAACUACUGUUAGAUCCCUCCUUCUUGCUGUUGUUUAUGGACAGUCAACCUGUGACAUGAAUCCAUUCUUGGAGAUGGGUGAAAAUUCUGAGUAAAUGAUACUUUUAAUCUAUGAACUUGGUGCUUGACAGAAUUAAUAGUAUGAAAUUUUUUUAAAUUCUUAGAUAUUUCUAAAAGUCGUAAGGAAUGAGUUGAUUCUUAUAUGGGACAUUCAAAUUAUACUGAAUAUCUGGGUAAAAUAGUCUGCUCAGACAUAACAUGAAACCAAAGAAUUGGAAGUCUUAAAUUUGCCACCUGAGCAUUAUAAGGGAAAGUGAUUUGUUUUCCUGAGAACUUUCUUAUUGAUGUUUUACAGUAAAGGGAAAAAAAAAAAUCUUAAAAUUACCUUAAAUGGAUUGUUCAUAGCAAGUAAACAUUUUCUGUAAAAACCUUAAUUAUAAAGCCUAUUAAGUAAUUUUGAUCAAUUUAUAUAAAAAUUACUUGGACAGUAAUUGGACAUAACCAGUUUGGUGUGAAGUGCUUUACUGAUUUAAGUUAUUAAGCUACAAUUUACAGAUUUUUAAUGCUUCUAGAAAUCUCAUCUACCUUUUCUCACUCAUUGCAGUUUCAUUAAUUUUGUUAUGCAGUGAAACUUUUGAAAAUUAGUACUGUACAAAAUCUUUAAUACAACAUCAUGAAUAUUCUGUUUUUCUUAUCAAAGACAGGUUCAUUUUAAUAUUUGGUUAGUAAAGUAUAGGCAAAAUAAAUGUCUGUUAGAAAAGUGAGAGCUUUCUUUUCUUCCAUAGAAACAAAAUUUCAAAUAAUUGCUUCUUGGGGAUAAGGGUUUAAAAAAUUCACCAUGAAUGAGUGUUUUCUUAUUGAUAGCCAGCCAUUCAUUCAACAGAGAUGAUGUGUAUUAUGAAGCCUCUAUUUUUGUUUGCAAAAAUUUUAAAUGUUUAUGUGAUUCUUUAAAAAUUAUCUUUAAGGACAUAGUAACAGAUGAGACAAAACCACUUCAAGAUACUAGUGACAUUCAGUAUGGUAAAACAGGCCUUUGCUAAGUUUUAUAAUAAAUGAAGUCAUAAUAUUUAUUCUUGAAACUGUAAGCUUUCUUAAAAUAGGGACCUAAUUUUUAAAAAUUAGUAACCAUAAUUAGGCAGUGACUAUAUUUUUCUUCAUUAAGGUAUGCUAUGUAAGAAUAUUUGGUUACAGUACCUUGAAAGCACUUACUAAUCAUGAAAGAAUCCUCUGGACAAUAUUAGGAUGUUUUCUUGUAAAUAUUUGUAAUAUACUAAACAUGACAGGCUUUGGAUAGGGAUGUGCAGCAUACAGGUAACUCUUGGUGUGUGUGUAUAAGAGGGGUGCAGAUACCAUGUUGCAUAUCCAUACAAAGAAAAUUGUAAGAAUGCCCAAGAUAGGAUGGAGAUGAUUUUGAUGUCAAUUUGCUAAAAAUGUUGUUUAUAUGUAAUGUACAUACACAGACUUAAGUGUGCUGAUUCUUUGCUCUACCUCUUAAAUUUUGAUUUGUUUUGCAGUGUAAAGUUGUACAUGUGUUAAUAAUCAGAAGGUUGCAUUUAAUGUAUUCCUGUGAACUGAGCUUUGUUAAUAAAGUAUUUGGGGGAUAUGGCAUUAAAAUAUUUAAAAACAGGAUUAAUCUAUAUUACCUCUACUUUGAAAAUUAAGUAUUUCCACUUAAAUUUAUGAAAUGUUUUCAUUA